CUUUCUUUAAAACUCAGUUAAAAUGGCAAGAAUAUGGUUUUGUUGAGUUUAUCUCGUUUUUCUAUUUGCAGGAAUUGGUGUGUCUCCGAGUUCAAUGGCUCUUCAACUUCCAACACUUUCUGGUUGUGUCAUGCGCUUCAACUCAAGCGCAUGCUCGAUCCCUGGUCGGAAAUUUAGCACCUUUGCCACUCUGUCACGACGGCGUAGCGACACAACCAACUGGGCUGAAGCAACUUCCAGUUUCUUCGACCAAGACAAACGACCCAUCAUGUUGUUUGAUGUUCUUUCUUUUUACACAGGAGUGUGCAACUUGUGCAACGGGGGUGUGAAGUUCGUUCGUGAUAACGAUCGAAAUAAGACAAUUAGGUAUGAAGCUCUUCAGAGUGAAGCAGGUAAAAUGCUGCUUAGGAGAUCAGGAAGAGCUCCUGAUGACAUCUCAAGUGUUGUACUGGUUGAGAAGGACAGUUCUGGGGAAAAAGAAAUUCAUGAUUGUAAAUUCAAAGAAAGAAGAAUUCACGGUGAAACAAAUGACUUUCUGGUUGAUUCUAGAUCCUAUAUAAAGUCUGAAGCAGUACUGAAGAUAAUGGAAUACAUAGACUUGCCAUUUCCGCAAAUAGCAAUUGUUCUUCAAUUUGUUCCUCUGUUUAUCAGAGAUUUUGUUUAUGACAAUGUUGCAAAUAACCGUUACACGAUUUUUGGUCGUUCUGAAUCAUGUGAAAUAUAACAUCAUCCUGUUAUGAGUACAGGGGAUAAUAGCAACGUGCUAAGUUCAAAAAGUGUGGUUCUUUAUAGUUGUAGUCAGAUCAUGUUGUCUUCAAAUCUUUUGAAGCUUCCGUGUAUUACUUGUAUAUGAACUUUACUUAUAAAUAAAUCUUUAACUAGUAAGUGACUGAAGUGUAAAAAUGGUGCAGUAAGUUUGCUAGUUAUGUAACUACCAGAAUAGUGUGCCUGUAAGUUUCUGCAUUUCUGCUUUAAUAAAGAAAAAUAUUAAAUCAAAGUUUUCUUUCUUUC